AUGAGUCAAAAAGUUCAUGCAAAAGCAGAAUCUAUAACCUGCAAGUGCAACGUUUGCUCUGCUCCUUGUUCAUCUUGUAUGCACCUUAGUAUUGCUCAAAUGGGAUUAAAAAGUGACUACUUUUAUGAAACUGAUCCUGUUGCUGUGGCAAGUCUGCCCUCUGUCAACAAGGAUACAACAGGUGAUAGCUUACAACAUACCCAGCGUGAAGCAGACAAUUUACUCAGUGUCAAUUCAAAUCACGAUUCUUACUCCGAACAUAUAGAAACUAAAGCAACUAUAAGGCCAUCUGGUGUAUUUGAUGAACUAGAAGAUGUUGGGAUUCAAAGGACCUUCUCAAAUAAAUAUGAUGGUUUCAAAAGUGUUGAAGGCCAUGAUGAUAAUAUUUCUUCUGCUAGUAGAUCCAAUGAUGCAAAUAACAACAAUUUAGAUAUUAAGGAUUCAUCUCUUAGUUCAUUGUCUGUUUGUAGUUUGGGAUCCAAAAAGCUUCUUUCCAUAAAGGAGGAAGAUGCUGCUAUUAAUUCACUGAGGAUACAAAGUCCGUAUUCACAUUCUCAAAGUGGCAAAUUUGCUAUUGGAGGCAGUUCUGAGAUAUCUGCCAAAAUUCAGAAGUGCGAAGCAGAUAUCGACAACAAUAGUAGUGUCCUGCUAGGUAAUGGUGGUAAAAGUUUGAAUGAAGGCGAGCAAGAUGAGUCGACUGAGUUUGUUGAAUUACCUGAGAAGGAGUUUCCUUUGCAAGCACUUUCUGCAGAUGAGGAUUAUGAAUCGGAUGCUUCGGACGAUGUUAAAGUAUGUGAUAUUUGUGGGGAUGCAGGACAAGAAGAUUUGCUAGCUAUAUGUAGCAAGUGCUCUGAUGGGGCAGAGCACAAUUAUUGUAUGCGAGAAAUGCUUGAGAAAGUUCCUGAAGGUUAUUGGCUUUGUGAAGAAUGCAAGCUUGUUGAGGAGACUGAAUCCCAAAAGCAAGAAACUGCACGUUCUCCUUCUGGUUCACAACUACAAGCACCAAAGGGUAAAUCCAAUUCAUUCAAUAGUUUAAACUCCAAACGGAAAGUGAAGGUGGUAGAUGAAGUUGUACUUCAGAAACAGAAAAAUGCUAGAGAACAUGAAUCCCUUGAUAGCAGGGAGGAACGCAGAAUGAUUAACAAUUCCUUGUCAUUUAAAUACACUAACACAGGAAAGUUGAAUACCGGAGAAUCAAAGUGUAAAAGGCUAUCAUCUAAAUAUCUUCAUGUUCAAGAUCAGAAAGGAUCAAAGAUAGAUGGAGAGCAGAUAUCAUUAGAAAGGAAAAGUUCCUCAAAGUUGGAUCGCUCGGAUUGUACUGUCUCCAUACACAAGGUUGAUAAGAAACUGACACCUCGCUCUGACAUAAUUUUCCAUUCAUCUGCAAGCAACUACAAAGAAACUAAGGUUGCUCAGUCUGAUGGAAAAAAAAGUACUUUAUCAAAAUCUACCAGAAAUCUAGAUCGCAAAGCUGUAGAAAGUGCAGUUACUUCUGAUGUGGUGGUUCCAUCAACCGAUGGAUGUAUGCCUUUUGAACUGAAGUUAAACCAACUAAGCCGAAUGGAGGAACCAUCAUCAAGUUCUUCAUGGAUAGCUGAGAAGCAACAUAAUAUUUCAGAUGCGCCAUCUCUGUCAUUAGAUUCAACAAAUCAAAGUGAAAAAUCUAGGGAGAGCUGUGUUAGUCGCUCCUCAAAAAGUGUUCCGUGUCUAAAAUGCAAAGAAAUGAGUCAUACAGUUGACUCUUGUCCAAUUUCUAAAGCUUCUGGUGCUGAUCGGUCUGAUCCAAGGACACCUAGGGAGGACAUAUAUAAUGGCAAUAAGUUAAAAGCUGCAAUUGAAGCAGCUAUCCGUUUGAGGCCUGGAAUACGUGACAGAGCAUCUCACGUUCCAUCAUCAAUUUCUAAUAAGACAAAGAAUAUGAUUCCUGUUGAAGGUAUUCAUGAAGGGCAAGAAAAUCUUCAUAAUCAGGCUUCCAUUGGUAAUAUCAAACAGCUUAAUUCACAUUCCACUGAUGCUGUCUCUGCGGUUUCUUCUGCUACCAAUCUUUCAAUGAGAGAGAUAUCCAUCCCUCCUUUAGCCUUGAGGUCUGCUGUCUCAAACAGUUCUGCCAUCCCGGAACAUGAAUGCAUCUGGCAAUGUUUCUCAAAUGAGAUAAAUCAUUGGAAAACUUCCGGGUUUUCUACUGAAAUUCAAGCCCAUCUCUCAACACUUGCAUCACCUAAAGUGCUUGAAGUUGUCAACUCUUUUCCCCACAAAGUUUCCUUGAAUGAAAUACCUUGCUUGAGCACUUGGCCGACACACUUUCAUGACAGUGGUCCUAAAGAAGAUAAUAUAGCUCUGUAUUUCUUUGCCAAGGACCGUGAAAGUUAUGAGAACUACAAGGUCCUUCUGGAUACCAUGGUCAAGAAUGACUUUGCUCUCAAGGGAGCUUUUGAAGGUGUUGAACUGUUGAUAUUCCCAUCCAACCAACUUCCUGAAAAUUGCCAGCGGUGGAAUGCAUUAUUAUUCCUUUGGGGUGUCUUCAAGGGAAGAAGAGCAAACUCUUCUAAUUUCAUGAAGAGUGUACGCAAUCCUGAUGAUAUGUCUCAGCCGGUAGAUGAUAAAUCAGCUGCAUGUGAUAGUACUUGCAAUGUUGUCCCAGUAAUCAGUGCUGUUGAAAAAGCAUGUAUCUCAACAGAGAGAGUUGAUGAUAACAAGGUCUCUUCUUUUGAGCAGGCAUACGUGGGAAUAAAAGCAAAAUCGGAGGAGCAAGAUGGUAAAGUUGACACCAAAAUCUUGCCGAUAAUUGCAACAAGCAGCGCACAGGUGCAUCCAGAAACAAAUUGCAAUAGUCCUUCUGCAAUGUGCUCUUCUGUCGAUGAUGAGAGCAAAGUUCCAGAUUGUAGAUCCGACACAUAUCUCAAACCUAGCCUUCAGGCUACUGAAACCAAUAGUGGUUCUGUCAGAGUUGAGAAAGAGGAAAUGGAUGUCCAAGAAGAUUAUCCACUUUCAAAAAAUUGCCCUACUGAAAAGCAAAUGGCAGUUAUGGUGGGGGAAAUUGAUGGUGGUUCUGUUAAAAUUAGGGAUCCGAUGGAUGAUGUGGGUGCCGAUGGAAAAACUUCUUCAAAGAGAGAUCUUGAUUGUGAAGGAAGCGAUAAUAAAAUGCUGAAGACAGGUUUCUGUGGGAUAAAUCAAUUUAAUAGUGUUAGAGAUCAAGGUCCGUCUGGUUAUAGUUUAGCAUCAGAUAGACAUGAUCCAUGGUCCGCCUCUUUUGUCGAAAAGAAGAAAUGUGACAUUGCUUGUGAAAACGAAGUUAUCCCCAAGGACAUUGGAAGUAGCGAAGGGUGUUUUUAUCCCGUGGUUUCACAUCGUGCAAGGGAACUUCAGUUGAGGGACAACUCUAAACCGUGGAAGGAGCUCUCUAUAGAAGACAAGGACCGAGUUCACGACGCAUAUCCUAAUCUUGAGCUAGCAUUAGGGGCUGAGACUAUACCACAAAACAGAGGGAUCUCGCCUUUCGUUGUUGGAACAGUAGACGACAAGGUAACCGGAAAAGAAAAGGAGGAGGAUGCAUCUGCCUCACUUUCCCUUUCCCUCUCAUUUCCAUGUCCAGAAAAGGAAUAG